AUGACAUCACCUGAGGCUACAACUAGUACAACAUUCAAAACAACUGCAGAAACAUCAACUGAAGCAACGAGUACAGAAAUCCCAACUACAGAAAUAACUAAAUCCGAACUAUCUCUUACAACUGAAUCUAUCACUAGUGAAUCUACAACAUCUCUAUUGACCAGUGACUUAACAAUGACAUCACCUGAGGCUACAACUAGUACAACAAUCCCAACAACUGCAGAAGAAAAAAUCCCAACUACAGAAAUAACUACAUCAGAAUUAUCUCUUACAACUGAAUCUAUAACUAGUGAAUCUACAACAUCUCUAUUGACCAGUGACUUAACAAUGACAUCACCUGAGGCAUCAACAAGUACAACAUUCACAACAACUGCAGAAGCAAGUACUUCAGAAACAACACCUACAACUGACUCUAUCACUAGUGAAUCUACACCUUCUCUAUCCACCAGUGAUUUAACAACACAGACAUCAACUGAAGCAACGAGUACUGAAAUCCCAACUACAGAAAUAACUACAUCCGAAUUAUCUCUUACAACUGAAUCUAUCACUAGUGAAUCUACAACAUCUCUAUUGACCAGUGACUUAACAAUGACAUCACCUGAGGCUACAACUAGUACAACAAUCCCAACAACUGCAGAAGAAAGUACUUCAGAAACACCAAUUACAACUGACUCUAUCACUACAACGAGUACAGAAAUCCCAACUACAGAAAUAACUACAUCCGAAUUAUCUCUUACAACUGAGUCUAUCACUAGGGAAUCUACAACAUCUCUAUUGACCAAUGACUUAACAAUGACAUCACCUGAGGCUACAACUAGUACAACAAUCCCAACAACUGCAGAAGAAAGUACUUCGGAAACACCAAUUACAACUGACUCUAUCACUAGUGAAUCUACAACUUCUCUAUCCACCAGUGAUUUAAUAACACAGACAUCAACUGAAGCUACAACGAGUACAGAAAUCCCAACUACAGAAAUAACUACAUCCGAAUCAUCUCUUACAACUGAAUCUAUCACCAGUGAAUCUACAACAUCUCUAUUGACCAGUGACUUAACAAUGACAUCUCCUGAGGCUACAACGAGUACAACAUUCAUAACAACUGCAGAAUCAACUACAACGAGUAAUGAAAUCCCAACUACAGAAAUAACUACAUCAGAAUUAUCUCUUACAACUGAAUCUAUCACUAGUGAAUCUACAACAUCUCUAUUGACCAGUGACUUAACAAUGACAUCACCUGAGGCUUCAACAAGUACAACAUUCACAACAACUGCAGAAACAUCAACUGAAGCAACGAGUACAGAAAUCCCAACUACACAAAUAACUACAUCCGAAUUAUCUCUUACAACUGAAUCUAUCACUAGUGAACUUACAACAUCUCUAUUGACCAGUGACUUAACAAUGACAUCACCUGAGGCUACAACUAGUACAACAUUCCCAACAACUGCAGAAGAAAGUACUUCAGAAACACCAAUUACAACUGACUCUAUCACUAGUGAAUCUACAACUUCUCUAUCCACCAGUGAUUUAACAACACAGACAUCAACUGAAGCUACAACGAGUACAGAAAUCCCAACUACAGAAAUAACUACAUCCAAAUUAUCACUUACAACUGAAUCUACAACAUCUCUAUUGACCAGUGACUUAACAUUGACAUCACCUGAGUCUACAACUAGUACAACAUUCACAACAACUGCAGAAACAUCAACUGAAGCUACAACGAGUACAGAAAUCCCAACUACAGAAAAAACUACAUCAGAAUUAUCUCUUACAACUGAAUCUAUCACUAGUGAAUCUACAACAUCUCUAUUGACCAGUGACUUAACAAUGACAUCACCUGAGGCUUCAACAAGAACAACAAUCACAACAACUGCAGAAGCAAGUACUUCAGAAACACCACCUACAACUGACUCUAUCACUAGUGAAUCUACACCUUCUCUAUUCACCAGUGAUUUAACAACACAGACAUCAACUGAACCAACGAGUACAGAAAUCCCAACUACAGAAAUAACUACAUCCGAAUUAUCUCUUACAACUGAAUCUAUCACUAGGGAAUCUACAACAUCUCUAUUGACCAGUGACUUAACAAUGACAUCACCUGAGGCUACAACUAGUACAACAUUCCCAACAACUGCAGAAGAAAAAAUCCCAACUACAGAAAUAACUACAUCCAAAUUAUCACUUACAACUGAAUCUACAACAUCUCUAUUGACCAGUAACUUAAGAAUGACAUCACCUGAGUCUACAACUAGUACAACAUUCACAACAACUGCAGAAGCAAGUACUUCAGAAACAACACCUACAACUGACUCUAUCACUAGUGAAUCUACACCUUCUCUAUCCACCAGUGAUUUAACAACACAGACAUCAACUGAAACAUCAACUGAAGCUACAACGAGUACAGAAAUCCCAACUACAGAAAUAACUACAUCCAAAUUAUCUCUUACAACUGAAUCUACAACAUCUCUAUUGACCAGUGACUUAACAAUGACAUCACCUAAGGCUUCAACUAGUACAACAAUCCCAACAACUGCAGAAGAAAGUACUUCAGAAACAACAAUUCCAACUGACUCUAUAACUAGUGAAUCUACAACUUCUCUAUCCACCAGUGAUUUAACAACACAGACAUCAACUGAAUCUACAACGAGUACAGAACACCCAACUACAGAAAUAACUACAUCCGAAUUAUCUCUUACAACUGAAUCUAUCACUAGUGAAUCUGCAACAUCUCUAUUGACCAGUGACUUAACAAUGAUAUCUCCUGAGGCUACAACGAGUACAACAUUCAUAACAACUGCAGAAUCAAGUACUUCAGAAACACCAAUUACAACUGACUCUAUCACUAGUGAAUCUACAACUUCUCUAUCCACCAGUGAUUUAACAACACAGCCAUCAACUGAAGCUACAGCGAGUGCAGAAUCCCAAACUACAGAAAUAGGUACAUCAGAAGAAUCAUCUCUUACAACUGAGUCUAUCACUAGUGAAUCUACAAUAUCUCUUUUGACUAGUGACUUAACAAUGACGUCACCUGAAUCUACAACCAGUAUACUAAUCCCAACAACAGCAGAAGCACAAAUACCAACUACAGAAACAAGUACAUCAGAAGAAUUAUCUAUUACAACUGAAGAUAUCACUAGUGAAUCUACAACAUCUCUAUUGACCAGUGACUUAACAAUGACAUCACCUGAGGCUUCAACAAGUACAACAUUCACAACAACUGCAGAAGAAAGAUUCCCAACUACAGAAACAAGUACAUCAGAAGAAUCAUCUAUUACAACUGAAUCUAUCACUAGUGAAUCUACAACAUCUCUAUUGACCAGUGACUUAAUAACGACAUCAUCUGAAUCUACAACCAGUAUACCAUACCAAACAACUGCAGAAGCAAGUACUUCAGAAACAACACCUACAACUGACUCUAUCACUAGUGAAUCCACAACUCCUGAAUUCACCACUGAAUUAACAACACAGACAUCAUCGGAGGCUACAACGAGUAAAGAAUUCACAACUACAGAAACAAGUACAUCAAAAGAAUUAUCUCUUACAACUGAAUCUAUCACUAGUGAAUCUACAACAUCUCUAUUGACCAGUGAUUUAACAAUGACAUCACCUGAGGCUUCAACAAGUACAAGAUUCACAACAACUGGAGAAGAAAGUACUUCACGAACGUGGCUUACAACUGACUCUAUCACUAUUGAAUCUACAACUUCUCUAUCCACCAGUGAUUUAACAACACAGACAUCAACUGAAGCUACAACGAGUACAGAAUUCCCAAAUAUAGAAAAAACGACAUCAGAAUUAUCUCUUACAACUGAAUCUAUCACUAGUGAAUCUACAACAUCUCUAUUGACUAGUUACCUAACUAUGACUUCAUCUGAAACUACAACCAGUAUACUACUCCCAACAACAGCACUACAACAUACACAUCCAACAACUACAGAAACAGCUACUUCAGAAACAUCACUUACAGCUGAAUCUUUUACUAGUGAAGCUUCAACUUCUCUAUCCAGCAGUGUUGUAACAACAGAGACAACAUUUAAAGCUUUAACAUCCCCAACUACAAAAGCAAGAAUUUCAGAAACUUACUCACUUUCAGUUGAUUCUAUAACCCGUGAAUUUGCAUCUACUCUAUUGACCAGUGAUAUAACAACACAGAAUUUACCUGAAGUUACAACUAGUAAAACAUCCUUCAUAAUUCCAGAAGCAAGUACUUCAGAAACAUCACUUACAACUGCAUCUUUCUCUAGUGAUUCUAUGCCUUCACUUUCCACUACUGAUUUAACAACACAAACAUCAUCUGAUUCUACAAGUACAUUUCCAACAAGUGCAAAAACAAGUACAUCAGAAAUAUCACUUACAACUAAAUAUAUUAUUAGUGAACCUACAACUACUUUAUCAGCCACUGUUAAACUAACCCCAACUUCAACUGAACCUGUAACUAGUACAGUAUUACCAAGAACAGAAUCAAGCACAUCGGCAAUUCCAAGUCAAUCGAUCUCUAGCAUGUCCACAACUCCUCUACCCAGAAGCAAUGCCACAACACCAUCACCUUAUACUACCACUUCUAUAACAUCCUUAACAAGUACAGCAUCACCCAUUUUGAUAAUGUCUGUUACAACUCAACCAAUCUCUAGUGAAUCUACAAGUACUCUAUCCACUGGCAGCACAACAUCAACAGUUGAAACAGCAUUUUCAAGUAAUACUUCAACUAGUACAGUGUUAGCAAGUUCACAUUUAAGUACUUCAGCAACUUUGAUUACCACAGCAUCUACCACCAGUGAAUCUACAACUACUCCAUCCAUCAGUGACACAACAACACAAACAGUGGCCACUGCUCCAUAUUUAACUGAAACUCUUACAAGUACAGUGUUACCCAGUACCCAAUCAAGUAGUUCAGCAGUAUUGUUUACCACUCAGUCUGUCACCAGUGAAUCUACAGCCACUUUUCCUACCAGUGAUACAAAAAAACAAUCUUCACCUAAAGCUGCAACUACUAUAACAUUCCCAACAAUUACAGAAUCAAGCUCUUCGGGAGUACUUCUUACAUCUCAAUCUAUUACCAGUGUAUCUACAAUUGAUCUAUCCUCCAGUGAUAUAACAUCACUAAGUUCACCUCAGAGUACAACUUCAGUAAUAUCUACAAAGAGGACAGAAGCAAACACUUCAGGAACUUCAAUUACAAAAAUACCAAUCAUUAGUUUAUCUACAACUAUUUUCAGUACCCUUGUAACAACACCGAUUUUAACUCAAGCUUCAACAAGUACAAUGUCCCCUAAGAUUACAGAAACAACUAAUUCAGCAACAUCAUUAGCUAUGCAGCCUACUACUAGUGAAUCUACGGCCACUUUUUCCUCUAGUAUUACAGCAACACCAGCUUCAACUGAAGCUACAAGUAAUUUAGCAACAUACUUCACUACCAAACCUGUCACUAGUAAAUCUGUGCCUUCUUUAUUCACAACCAUUGCAACAGCUAUUACUUCAACUAUUACUACAACCCCAAGUUCAGAGAGUACCUUAGCAUCCUCAGCUAAAAGUCAACCAUUUACAAGAGAAUCUACAACGAUCCUGCCCACCCGUGUACAAACGAUUCCAACUGCUUUAGAAACUAAAACUCUUACACCAUCCUCAACAAUUAUAGACACUAGGACUUCAAAAACAUCAAACUUAACGCAACCAAUUACUAAUGAAUCCACACUUGCCAUAUCCAUCACCACUGGGACAACAUUGACCUCACCUGAAGCUUCAGCUGCUACAAUAUCCCCAGCAAGUACAGAAUCAAGCACUUUGGGAACAUCUAUUUUAACUCAACCUAUCACGAGUAAACCUACAAGCGUCCUAUCCAAUAGUGAUACAACAUCAAUUUCUUCAACUGAAUCUACAUUUAUUCCAACAUCACAAACAAGUACAAAACCAAGUAUGUCCAUGACAUCCAUUAAAACUCAACCUAUUAGUGAAUCUACAAUUGCUUUAUCUACUAGUUAUGCAACACCGACAUCAGCUCCUACAAGUAGCACAAGUACAGAAUCAAGCAGUUCAGCAACAUCAAAACCAACUCCACCUGCCACCAAUGAAUCUGCAACUGCUCUAUCUACCAGUGUUGUACCAACACUCAUUUCAGCUGAAGCUACAACUGAAGUGACAACUCAACCUAUUAGUAAUCAAUCUACAACUACUCCAUCCACCACUGCUGCAACAACACUGACUUCAACUGAGGCUACAAUUAGUACAUCAAGUACAGUUCCAGUAACUUCUUCAACCUCUAUUACUACUCACCCUACAAUAAAAGAAUCUAAUUCUUCAACAUCAUUCACUUUGGCAAUAACUCUUGUGUCAGCUGAAUUUUCAACUAUUACAACUGCCCCCAAAAGCUCUGGAUCUCCACCAACAACCAUUCAUAGUCAAUCUUCUAGCAAUAAGUCUGCAACCUCUGUAUCCACAACUGAGGCAACUUCAUUGGCAGUAUCUACGUCUUCCACUGUCCCCACUACUCAGUCUUCUAUUUUUGUUCCUAACAUAACAACACUGUCUACAACUGAAGUUUUAGCUAGUACAACUGUGCCCAUAAAUAUAGGAGCUAGCACUUCAGCUACAACAAUUAUGGCUAAACCUAGUAGUAGUGAAUUUAUGUCCACAGAAACAAUAAAAACAACACCCUCUUCAGCUACAGCUGUAACUAGUGCUGGUCAAACUACAGUAGCAACGUCCUUACCACCUCAACCUAUUAAUUCUACCGGACCUACUUUAAAUUGGACUUCAAACAAAAUAACUGCACCCACAAAUAUGGCAACAUCCACCAUUACUCAGUCUACUACUUCCUUGCCAAUUACUAUUUCAACAACAUCUAUUACUACUAAUACAACUGCAUCCACCGCUAUGAGUCAGUCUACCACUUCUACUACUGGAUCUUCAACCAAUGUAACUGCAUCCAACACUUCUGGACCAACUGGAUCAGAAUCAUCCAUUGUUUCUCAAGCUAUUACGAAUGUGUUACCAUCUAGUACAUCACCCACAGCAGUAACAACACCAGCAUCCUCUUUCAUUUCAUCAAUCAGCAGUUCUCUGCCAACUACUUCUUCAGCAACAUCUAUAAGUGACCAACCGAAUAGUAAUUACUCUACAAUAAGUCCGUCAAUCAGUGUUUCCACAUCACUACCAGGAACUUUGAGCACCACUAAUAAUGAUAAAGGAACAACAGGUAGUACUUCAACAGGUAGCAUAAUUGGUACUAAUACUGUAGCAGGGACCAACAGUAUAACUUCUACUAUUACUGGAUUUGCUGAUAGCGAGAUUACUAAUAAUACUGUUUCUACAGAAACUGUUACUAACAGGGUCACUUUGAGUACUGCUUCCCAAACAGCAGCCAUUACUAAAGAAGUUACUGCAAAUACUAGUAGCAAUGUGCAAUCUAAUAUAACCUUGACCACAAGUACUACCACUUUGUCUGAAUCUGUUACCCCUAUGAUUAUUACUAAUAGUACUACAACGACAGUGUCCAUAGUUGCUGCAAGUACCAUUUCUGAUAGCACAGGUUCUACUGUCAGUGGGAACUCAGUGAUUACUUCUACAGUAGUACCUGAUACCAGUAAUGUCAGUAGUAUGGCUACUAGUCAAUCAACUGUUUCAGGGACUGUCAACAGUACAACUAACACACCAGGAGUGAGUGUAAUGGGAACUGGAACAACGUCAGGUUUACCUGCUACCAAAAUGAGUAAUACCUACACAUCUGGAUCUGGUACUUCUAUGUCUCCUAUUGCAAGCUCUGAUUUUAUUAAGAGUACUGUUUCUAAUGCCACAGGUUCUACUGUCAGCGGAAACACAGUUAUUACAACUGCAACAGUACCUGGCACAUUUAAUACCACAACCAUGGCUACUAGUCAAUUGACUGUUUCAGAGACUGUCAGCAAUACCACUAACACACUAAGAGUGAGUACAAUAGGCACCCCAAUGAAUACAGCCACCACAACUAUAUCUAGGACAGCUAUAACUACUGGAACCUCUAGUUCUACAUUUAAAGCCAUUACUGAAUCCACCUCUUCUACCCUCGCCAGCCAUUACAUUGCUACCACAAGAUCUACUACAACUAAAACAAUCACAAGUAAUAAUACUACCGUGACUUCUGGAUCAGGCUCAGCUGUUGGUAAUUCUGCAGCUACAAGUUCCAAACCUGCAUCCAACACAGCUACAUCUAAUAAAGGCUCUUCUGCUACGGUCACCACCCAGAAUGGAGGAAAAUCUACACUUAGUACUGUCACCUCCAGCCAAACAUUUUCCAACCAAUCUGCAGUUAGUACUAAUACCACUAGUCAGGCAUCAGUAUCACCCACCUCUGUUAGUACAGCAACUAUUGCAAUAAGUACUGAUUCAACUACUUCUUCAACCAAUACUACUGCACUCUCUAGUACAGCAUUAACUACUUUAGCAACAUCCAAUACUACCCAACCUACAAACACUGGAUCUAUGAUUACCAGUACUGCAUCCACUUCAACAGGCAUACUAACUAGUUUAACACCAAAUUCAACUCAACCUACAAACCCUGUUACAACUAAUACCAUAGCAUCUACCAUCACUGGCUCAACCAUUAGUUCUGCCAGUGAAACAAUUAAUGGUACUACUGCUAUUACACAAUCAGUUACAACUACUCCUACCACCAGUAACUCCUCUACAUCAAAUGUCCCUAAUAAUUUUAGUACAACCGGAACAACUAAUGGCACUGCAGCUACUCUACCAUUAGCUACGACUAGUCCUACCACCAAUAACUCCUCUACAUCAACCGUCACUAAUAAUUUUAGCAUAUCUGGAACAACCAACAAUUCAACAAGUAACAUAAUCAGUACUAGUCCUGGUACAGGGAUAACAACAAAUACCAGUUCCUCCAUAGCAUCUGAUGUGAAUAUGACCACGGUAAGCACUGCCACCUUUUCUGGACCCACUACCCCUAACAUUAUGCAUAACAGUACCAUAAUAACAGUCAACAGUACAUCUGGAUCCAGUAUCUCCACAGCACCUACUGUCAGCUCUAAUGCUACAGUUGUAGCCCCUACUGGAUCCACAAAUUCUACAACUGGGUCAGCUAAUGGUGGUACAAAUGGCACCAACAACACCACCGCAGCAACAUCAGGAUCAACUGGAUCAGGCUCAUCAGGGAAUAUUACUCCAGCUACAAGUCCAAGCACUGGUACUUCAUUAAAUUCAACUGCUACCACAAUAACAGUCAACAGCACAUCUGGAUCCAGUAUCUCCACAGCCCCUACUGUCAGCUCUAAUGUUACAGUUGUAGCCCCUACUGGAUCCACAAAUUCUACAACUGGGUCAGCUAACGGUGGUACAAAUGGCACCAACAACACUACUACAGCAACAUCAGGAUCAACUGGAUCAGGCUCAUCAGGGAAUUUUACUACAGCUACAAGUCCAAGCACUGGUACUUCAUUAAAUUCAACUGCUACCACAAUAACAGUCAACAGCACAUCUGAAACCAGUAUCUCCACAGCCCCUACUGUCAGCUCAAAUGUUACAGUUGUAGCCCCUACUGGAUCCACAAAUUCUACAACUGGGUCAGCUAACGGUGGUACAAAUGGCACCGACAACACUACUACAGCAACAUCAGGAUCAACUAGAUCAGGCUCAUCAGGGAAUUUUACUACAGCUACAAGUCCAAGCACUGGUACUUCAUUAAAUUCAACUGCUACCACAAUAACAGUCAACAGCACAUCUGGAUCCAGUAUCUCCACAGCCCCUACUGUCAGCUCUAAUGUUACAGUUGUAGCCCCUACUGGAUCCACAAAUUCUACAACUGGGUCAGCUAACGGUGGUACAAAUGGCACCAACAACACCACUACAGCAACAUCAGGAUCAACUGGAUCAGGCUCAUCAGGGAGUAUUACUGCAGCUACAAGUUCUAAUCCUGGAUCAGUCAUAACCUCUUCUACAACAGACACCGGUUCCAAUGGAGGCACAUCAUCUCUAAGCACUAUCACCUCUACCCAAACAACCUCAAACCAAUCUGCAAGUCUUCCUAAAUCUGAAGGUAUUUACAAAGCUUGGUCUCAUCCUACAUAUAAGGAACAUGCCAGUCCAUCUGUAUCUAAUGCCAAGGGGAUGGAGAUGUACAUUGGUCUACUAUGUAUCUUGAAUCCAUUGAUUCCAUUGCAAAUAGCUGACCCAGUCAUCAAUGACAGUUCUGAAAGAUAUGGACAUAUGGAGUAG